AUGAAGUUCACCAUUGCCAUUCUCGCUGCCGCUCUCGGCGCUCAGGCUACUUCGCAACGCGUUGCUGCCAAGGACGGCCAGAUUACCGAAAACACCACCGCUCAGAACCCCAGCGUUGAGGGCGUCCCCCAUUUCCAAGGAAACAUGCGCUUCAUGACACACGGUUACUGCCCCAGAGAUCACCCCAUGGCUUGCCCUGACGGCGUCAACUGCUGCCGUGACGGCUUCCCCUGGUGCUGCCCUACAUUCUGCUGCCCCGACGACUAUGCCUACUGUGGUAUGGACGGCCGUUGCUACGCCUCCCCAUAG